AUUUUCUAUUCACUUCCCGUCUUUUACGCCUGCAGCUUGUUGCAAGAAAGACAUAGCGACACGUGCAAACAUGGGUUUCCAAAAUAUUUGGUACUCGCAUCCGCGAAAAUAUGGUCAAGGAUCAAGAUCCUGCCGUGCUUGUGCAAAUAGGCAUGGACUUAUCCGCAAAUAUGGCUUGAAUAUUUGUCGGCAGUGUUUCAGAGAAUAUGCAGCUGACAUUGGAUUUAAGAAGCUGGAUUAAAUACAAUGUAGAACUAAUGCAAAUAAUUUAUCGUCCAAUCUGUAUAAUUUCAACAUUUGCAAGAACAUCCUGCAACAAUAAAAAUUGACAAUUGAAGGUUAUAACACUGAUAUUCAAUAUGUUUUGAAAAUAAACAUUUACAUUUAUGUCA